CAACAAGUCUCAAACACAGGGGGUCAGCAGAAGACCCAAUCUGGGAAAGAGAAGCAGAAAAAGGGCUUAAACAGGGCUGGAUCUAGCAACAAUGUAGAAGGGAAAGAAAAAGCAACGGUGGAUUUCACUGAAUACAGUCAGGCAAUGUGUUUUAAUUGCGGCGAUCCAGGACAUCCGCAAACUGAGUGCAAGAGAGCUAAGCUUUGCUUCAUCUGCAAAAGUACAACACAUGCUGUUGGUGAUUGUCCAGUCAGGAGAAGGCCACACCAAAUGGCUAAGUUCGUGGGAAGUGCAGCUGCAGGUUUAGGUUUCUAUUACAUAGAGGUUCCAGAUAUGGGUCAAAAUGCUAUUGGUAGCUUUAAGAAUUGUGGGGUGGUGUACAUUGAAUCAGGAGAGAUCAACAAAGAAGAUUUGGCUAAAAGAGUUUGCUGUAAUCUACAAGACCAAUUGGCCUUGGCAGAUUAGGCCUUUUGGAAGAUGGUCUUACCUGGUGAAAUUUCCACCUCACAUCUCUGUGGAUCAGGUAGCUGGGUACCCAUGCUUUGGACUGUCCAGAGAAGACAUUACAGUUAAAGUAGUUGCUUGGAAAGAGGAACUCAUCAAGAAUGAUAACCUCAUUGAGGUCUGGGUUCAACUUAGGAAAUUACUACCUAAGUGGUGUGAGUGGUCUUCCCUGGACCAAAUCACAUCAGUUUUUGGACUGAUGGUGGAUGUGGACUGGCAAUUAAUGUUUAAAAGUAUGUUUGAGGUGGUUAGGGUGAAAAUCUAAUGUAGAGAUCCAGCCAAAAUCCCCAAUGAAAGGCUGUUUGCUCUAGAAGGUAAGUUAGUGCAGGUUCAGAUCACUGUGGAAGUGCCUAAACCUAUGGCUGUAGAAAUGCAGACAAGUACUGGGCAACAGAAUGGGGGUGGAGACACAGACAGAGACAACAACAGUGGCAUGGAAACUGAAGAUAGUUUGAAUGGUAAUGAGAACACCCAAAGACCACCCUGUAGUGCUGGAGGGAAUGAAAGUAGGAAUGGAGCUGGAAAUGGUAACACCAAUGGUCAGAGGAAUCACUCUCUAUCUGACACAUGGACCCCACUAAGUGAGAAAGCUGUGUGGGAAGCAUUCCGUAGAGGAGAUGAGAAGGAGAGGACAGAAACAAGUGAGGAUCAGAAGGAGGGAAGUGAAGUAGUGCCUAUAGAAGACCCUGAGAGAGAAGUUACUAGAUUCCUAUUUGUUGAGAUGAGUGAGGAACUGGACAAAACUGAAGAUUCCAUCAGUCUAGUAGAAACAGAAAACCAUGGGGAAAAUGAGAGGAUGGAACAAGUAGUUGAGGAAGAGGAAGAGGAAGUCUACUUACCUGAUGACAUCAUGCCCACCUAUGAGGAAGAAGCAGUGAUGUUUGAAUAUAAGAAGAGAAAGACUUCAAAAAAGCAGGGAUCCUGGGGACCAGUACAAGCUGCUAGAAAAAGCAACAGAGUGAAAGACAACUUACCCAUCAUGGAGAAGGCUGAGCUGCUCAAAAUGAGGAAAAACUUGGAGAUUCCAAAAACAACACUGAGAGGUUUGGCAGAAGAUAAGUUCAUACUUGGGGGACUGGACGAAACUGCACAAGGAGCUACAGGAAGGGGCGAUGAAACUCUUCAGAGACCACAUGUUGAGAAAGCUAAGAUCACCACUGGAAUUGGAACCAGACUGAGAUGCUGUGAAACUGCGGAACAACUUUCCUGGUCCAAAAACAUCCAAGGGAUGUCACAUGGAGGGCGUGCUACCCUAGAGCAAGUAAAAGAGAACCCAAGGCUGGUGGAAGAAGUUCAUGUGGUCUUCUUCCCCAUGAGCUGAUUUAGCCAGUUCUAGAUGAGAUCUAGUUUUAUCCUAUCUUUUAUCUUUUGAUACUCCAGUAGACUACUAGUAGGGGGUAGAAUAUCUUUGCUAGUGGCGGCUGUUGCCAUAUUUGAUCAGUGUUUGAAACCUGGUGUCGUUGCCAGAAGACCUGUAUGCGUGUUUGGUUUCGUUUUCUAUGAAAAUGGAGCCGGGGGUGCUCCCCUUUGAUCGAAAAAA